UCUGUUAACACUGUAAAUGUCCACAUAAUAAUAAAUUGCAAUUGUUGAAAAUUUUCCAAUCGAAGAUUGGGUGGUAAAUGUGUAGUGUCCGUGUUCUCUUACCAAGAAAACGAUUCGUCUUAUUUUUAAGCAGACACCUCCAAGGUUGUCAUCAUGAACUCGAGUUCCGAUGAAGAAAUCAGAAAAUUGGAAGAAGAAUUAAAACGUAUAAAAGAACAAAUAAGGCGAAAAAAACAUGCACAGGGAAAUAAUAGCAUAUUACACACCCAGCAGUCUGAAGAGAAACCUUGUUCUUCAAAAACGCAGGCAGAUUUCGCAGCAGAAGGUACCAAUCAACACAUGAAAGAAGUAACUGAAGAAAGAAUUUAUCCAAAGAAAAUAGGACAAAUAGAGGCAGAAACAACAGAUAGGCAUUUUCUAGAAACGACUUUCCGAAAAAGGCCGGGUACUACCGAUAAAGGGAAAAAGUACGAAGACAUGCUUACUGCCAACGUCAUACUACAACUGGUAAGCAACGAUAAAAUAAAAGACCUUCACAUUUCGUCCAACAACGAAAAUUUUGGCGACUUCGACGACUUUGUUAUCGAAGUUGAAACACAUCGGGGAAUCCAAACAAAAGCACUCCAAUUAAAACACAGCAGUCGAGGAAAUUUAUCCAUAAGCCAACUGGUGAGCAAAACUGGCAACUUUAGCAUAACCAAAUAUUUCAACUCCUUCCAAAAGAUAAAGAACAAAGAAGCACAAUUUAUUUUAUUCACCAACAACGGACUUGAAGUUUCGGACAAGACACAAUUUAAACUCGAAGGAGAAGAAUUGCAUCUGAAACCGAUUAAAGUGUCAAUUGCAGAAGACAGUGUCGACAGUUUAAGAAUUUCUGAAAAUAUAAGUUAUUAUUACAGAUUUCAAAUUGUAGAGGAAAAAUCGACUAAACAAAAUCCUGAAAAAAUUCAGCAGUAUCAAAAAUUCUUUGAACGGUUUCGUCUUUACACGAACCAAGAAACUUUGGAAAGUCUUACGAAGUCAACGAUGAAGAGAUUUACUACGAUGUUCUGUUCUAAUGAAGACGUAUUCGAUACGUACUUUAAAUUCAUAUCGGACUGGAGUAUGCAAGAGGGAAAAAAAGACAAAUUAAACAAGAAAUUUAUGCAGCGUGUAAUUGCACUUCGUUUGCUUUCUUCUCACGUUGAAUCUUUCGCUUUUGGUUCAGUCAGUGACGAAAUGAAGAUCCUUAGAGACGCUAUUUGUUUCUUCGACAUUACGCUAUUGGAAAAAAAAGGCAGCAACAAAGUUCUAAAGUUGUGGGGUGACUUGGACAAACAUCUUGAUUUCAACGAAUUGAACAAAGUUCGAUCACGCUAUUUUCUUUCAUCUGCUUAUGUACCUACUAUCAAAGAUCUGGACCCAAAAUCGUUGACCCAGUUGUUAUGGUUGAUGGAUAAAUGUCCUCUAGUCGUAAAAGAGGACGACACAAUAGAAAAAGCUAUUCAGCUCUGCCGAGGUGCAAAAUUUGUUUUAGUUGGUGAAGGAAAACGUAGAGAAUGGAUGAAAGAUCGUUCCGUAUUUCAGAACUUGUCACAUUUAGAGUCGGAACUUGAAUUAUGUGAAGAGGUGCUGCAAAAUUUCACUAUUUCUUUGCAGGGAAAAGAUGCAAUUAAUUUGAAGACUGCUUUCCAACAAAAUGAAGAAUUUUUAAAGCACUUAACUGUGAAUAAACUUUUAGAGAUGUUAAAUGGUCCGUGCUGUAUAGAUGGACCAAAGGAAACUUUUCCCAAUCUUUAUAUCGAAAGGUAUUUGUCGGUCAAUGUUAUAGACAUUGAAUACCUAGACCAUGUUGAUCAAAACACUGUUAUUUUUCUGAACUGCGAAGAAAAUUUUGAGCAAUUAAAAGUAUCUGAGGAGCAUAAUUUAAUCCAUAUAGACGAAUAUUUCAAUACUAUACAUUCCAAAGUUUCCAACACUCCAAUUGUUAUAGUGAGUAAAAAUAACUGCAGUGAAUCUGAAUUUCAAAAAAUAUGUUCUGAAACACCAACUUCCAAAACUGUACAUUGGUUUAAAUUCCUUAAUAAAAAAAAUUUAGAAUGGAUCCGAAGUAGAGGCGAUAUUAACAAACUGCGAAAUUUUAAGUUAAGUAAUUAUUCCAAAAACGAAAAAGAAUUUUGGUCUUUCGGAUCCACGUCCACCAACCCCAUAAAUCUCAUAAUAGGCGAUCCGGGAAUGGGCAAAACUGAGUUAACAAAAAGCUUAAAAAACAACUGUUGUUCUAAAUACUGGACGGUAAUUAUGAAUCCCCAGGAUGUUAAUUUAUUCUCUAAAACUUUAGAAAAGUUUCACACAUCAGAUUACUUAAAUCGGUUCGAAUCAUUCAUCUUAAACGAAAAAUAUCGACAUCUCGAGCGGUUAGAUCGAGAAUUUUUCAAAAUGUGUUUGAAACAAGACAAUGUAAUUUACGUUUGGGACGCUCUUGACGAAAUUUUGUCUAAAAAUUUGAACGCCGCUUCGGAUUUGAUCCUUAUGCUAUCACGAAACGGUGUCAUUCAAUGGGUUACCGCAAGGCGACACUUGACGACGUUUCUUGAAACCAAAUUCAAUGUACUGUCAGUGAGUAUUAACCAGUUCAGCGAGCUCGAGCAAGAAGACUACAUUAGAAAACGCCUGUCGAGUCUUAUUUCGUCUGUCGAUAUGGAAAGAACUGUCGAGAAAAUUAAAUCCACGUUUGCUUUCACGAAACACGUAGAUAUUUUGGGGAUUCCGCUUCAGAUAUUUAUGCUUACAGAAAUAUUCCUUCAAAAUAAAGAAACGUAUUUAGAUUUGUUCAACAACACGUUUCUUUUGACUGACUUAUAUCGUUAUUUUAUUGACGGAAAGUUUAAGAUCUUCUUUGGAGGCAAGGUGCCUCUAAAGGGUGAUUAUUGGGAAGAAGAGGUCAGGAAAAAAAAGGAAGAUAAAUUAAAGCAGUAUGAAAAGUUUGCACUUGGAUUAAUAUUUCCUGAAGAAAUUUUGAAGGAAUUAAAGAUCGAGUGUUCACAAGAUGCGAAUUUAGUUUGUGAAGAUUUUGCUACUGUUGGUAUCGUCACUGGAUUACAAAAUGGCAUUUCGCAAUUCCUGCACGUUUCCUUCGCCGAGUAUUUUGUUGCCUCGUAUUUUUCUAAAAAUUUUGAAGUGAUACGCAGGGACAUAUUUUUUCACCAAAAGUAUAAUAAUGUUCGUUUUUUCUUCGACAUGAUAGUUGGUCAAAAUUCACCGGUCCACAUUGCCAUCUUGAACAGAAAUUUUGAUGAAUUGAGGAGUUACAAUGACGAAAUGAUACAAUGUAAAGAUGGCGGUGGAAGAAGUGCUUUACAUCUCAUUUGUUCUUGGGGACAAAGACAUCGACGGUUAAAGGUACAAGAAAAAAGGGACGGUUACGUAAUCGAGCAAGCAUUGAAGUUUAGUGAUUCACUAGAAACAAGAGAGUAUUUUGAAGCAUUACUAUUUUUGAUAAGCAAAUGUGAUAUUUCAGAAGAAGAUUUAUUAUGUAAAAUCACACCUUUAGCAUGUUGUCGAGAAAGUGAAAGUUUGGCAGCGGAGCUGGAAUUAUUACAGUCAAGAAAAUUGCCAUUCCAACGAUCGUAUAGCAAAAGUGAUAUCAUCAAUAUUUUAUAUUACUGUACUCGGUUGGGAUACGACGAAGCCAUGAAGACGGUUAUUUUUGAAAAUUUUGGCUCCUGUUACUUGGAAGUAAAUUUUAUUACUGAAUACGACUAUGGAUCCCCUCUGUUAAUGGCUUGCCAAAAGGGAUACGCAUCAAUUGUAGAGUACCUGCUUAAAUGCGGAGCCAAAAUUAAUGAAGCUGAUAUUCACGGAUGGACACCACUUUACGCAGUUUCCUCGAACGGCCACAAAGAUAUUGUAGAGUGUCUAGUGAAAUGUGGAGCCGAAAUCAACCGAGCUAAUAAAUAUGGUCAGACACCACUUUAUGCUGCUUCCUCGGAAGGCCACCAAAAGAUUGCCGAAUACCUAGUAAAAUGUGGAGCCGAUAUCAAUCUUGCUGAUGCAGCUGGUUCGACACCUCUAUACACAGCGUCCUCGAAAGGCCACGAAGAAAUUGUCAAAUGCCUAGUGAUAGGUGGAGCCGAAAUAAAUCGUGCUAAUAAUGAGGGUUGGACACCGCUUCAAGCAGCUUCGUCGGAAGGCCACGAAAAAACUGUCCAAUGUCUAGUAAAAGGCGGAGCCGAAAUCAAUCGUGCGAAUAACAAAGGUUGGACACCACUGUAUAUAGCUUCCUCGAAAGGCCACGAAAAUAUUGUUAAAUCCUUAAUAACAGGCGGAGCCAAAAUCAAUCACGUUACUAAUGAUGGUUGGACACCACUUUAUGUAGCUUCCUCUAAAGGCUACGCAACAAUUGUCGAAUAUCUAGUGAAAUACGGAGCCGAAAUCAACCACGCUGAUGCUGCUGGUUGGACACCACUUUACACAGCGGCCUCAAAAGGCGACGAAAAAAUUGUCGAAUGUUUAGUGAAAUGCGGAGCUGAAGUCAAUCGUGCUAAUAACGACGGCUGGACACCUCUUAGUGCAGCUUCGUCGGAAGGCCACGGAAAAAUCGUCGAAUGUCUAGUGAAAUGCUGGGCCGAAAUCAAUCGUGCUAACGAAUACGGUUGGACACCUCUAUACGUAGCGUCCUCCAAAGGCCACAAAAAAAUCGUCGAAACCCUAGUGAAAUGCGGAGCCGAAAUCAACCAUGCUAGUGAAUAUGGUUGGACACCACUUAACGCAGCCUCCUCGAAAGGCCACAAAACCGUCGUCGAAAGUCUAGUGAAAUCCGGAGCCGAAAUCAACCGCGCUAACAUAAACGGCUGGACACCACUUUACACGGCUUCCUGGAAUGGCCACGAACAUAUCGCCGAAUACCUAGUGAAAUCCGGAGCCGAAAUCAAUCACCCUGAGAAAGACGGUCGAACACCGCUGAACGCAGCUGCCUCCAACCGCCACACAAAAAUCGUCGAAAACCUAGUGAAACACGGAGCCGAAAUUGAUCGCGCUGAUGACGACGGCGAGACACCGCUUUACACAGCUGCGUCGAACGGCCACGAGGAAAUCGUCGAAUGUCUAGUGAAAUACGGAGCCGAAGUCAAUCGCGCUGACAAAUAUGGCGAGACACCGCUGAACGUAGCUUGCUCGAACGGCCACGACAAAAUUGUCGAAUGUCUAGUGAAACACGGAGCCGACGUUAAUCGCCCUGAUAACAACGGUUGGUCUCCGCUUACCGCAGCUUCCGCGAGGGGCCACGAAAAAAUUUUCGAGUGUCUAGUGAAAUGUGGAGCCGAAAUCGAUCGCGCUGAUGAUAAUGGCUGGACGCCGCUCUACGCUGCUUGCUCGAACGGGCACAAAGAAAUUGUCGAAAGUCUAGUGAAAUACGGAGCCGAAAUCGAUCGCGCGAGAAAUGAUAGUGAGACACCGCUUUACGCGGCUUCGUGCAACGGUCACGAAAGGAUCGUGGAAUGGUUAGCGAAGAGCGGGGCCGACGUUAAUCGCGCCGACAAAGAUGGUUGGACACCGCUUUACGCAGCUUGUUCGAAGGGCCACGAAAAGAUUGUCGAAUGUCUAGUGAAAUGCGGAGCCGAAGUCAAUCGCGCUAACAAUGAUGGUCAGACGCCAGUUUGUGAAGCGACUAUGAAUCGACACGCGAAAAUAGUGAAGUUUCUGGUAGCAAAUGGUGCAGGGGAAUAAUUGGAAUGACAGUGAUUGAAAGUGGAGAAGACACUAAAUUUACUGUCACACAGACGGGUAUCUAACUGUCUUGUGGCAACGUUCUCUCAGUAAAUUUUUUCCUCUAAAACAACUAAAAAUAGUCUCGGUGUAAAUAUCUGGUAAUACUUUCUGUUAUUUUUUUUUUUAAGUUGAUUGAUUCGUGUAGAUUUUGACACUUUGAAGCUGUGUUGACUUUAGACAAACCAAACGGAAAUCACUUCGGAUUUUAUGAGUAUUUUAGGAAAAGAUGUACUUUCGAUUUUUUUUUUUAAUUAACAAAGUAAAACAUACACACAUAUGCAUAUAGCGGGUGUCCCAGAGUACCUAUUCCAGUCAAAUAUUUCAAUUAUUUUAAAACAUAAAAAUUUGAACUUGUUCAAUAUAUGUAAAACAAUCUACUAAAUGAGUAGAAUAUUGGCAUAGUAUUAGCUUCAGUUUCACCGAAAAUGUAGCUACCUAUUGUAAUAAUUAACAAAUUUGUUACCGAUAAUCAUGUAAAAAUUGUUCCAGCACGACUACAGUGUAUUGGUAAAUUAUAAAAUCAAUUGUACGAUCUCUGCAAAAUAAACAUGUUUGUUUGUUGAUUUGUGUAUCAUUGUAACGAAGCGAAUUUU